AUGGAACCGACAACGGAAAAGCGCAGUCAAACUCAAGAAGUGGAAGCGCUUGAGCACCACCAACCCAAAGACAAAGUCAGUAUUGCCGAAGGCGACCUUGAUGUCGGUGCCAGCAUUGUACAGGCACAGGAAGACACCCACUAUACCGAGGAAGAAAAAUCAAAGGUCUUGAGAAAGAUUGACUGGCACAUCAUUCCUUUGGCGGCUUGGGCGUGCGGUCUCCAAUUUGUGGACAAGUCGGGCCUGGGAGCCGCAGCAACUUACGGUCUUCGCGAUGAUCUCGGCUUAGUGGGUCAGGAGUACUCCUGGUGCGUGUCGAUCUUCUACUUUGGUUACCUCGGCGGUUCGUUCGUGUCAGGACGUGCUCUCCAGUACUUUCACGCCGGAAAAGUCAUUGGAUGGGCGUAUUUCUUCUGGGGAUGUACUUUGCUGGGAUGUGUUGGUGCUCACAACUAUGCCACGCUGCUCGCUUUACGUUUUCUUCUGGGCCUGUUCGAAUCUGCCUUGGUGCCUGGACUUCUCCUGAUCACCACCAUGUGGUACCGCCAACAAGAGCAGUCUCUUCGAUUUGGCCUGUGGACAGUUACCAAUGGUAUCAUGCCGGUUCCAUUUCUAAUCAUAUACUGGGGCCUUGGGCAUGUCAAAUCUGGACCAUUGGUGGCAUGGCGGUUGAUCUUCUUGCUCCUGGGGUUGCUGAGCUGUCUUACCGGAAUUCUGCUUUACUUCUUAAUGCCUGAUUCUCCCGUGACGGUAAAAUGGUUGAAUGAGAGGGAGAAAGCCAUCGCCAUCAGGCGACUUGUCGAUGAUCAACUUGGCGUCAAGAAUGUUCACUUCAAGUGGAACCAGUUGAAGGAAUCUUUGCUUGACUAUCGCUUUUGGAUGAUGGUUUUGCAGAUGUUUUUCUCACAAGCUGCUGGCAAUGUCACGACCAACUUCCUCGGCAUCAUCAUCAAGGGCUUCGGGUAUACAGCGUUGAAAGCUCAAUUAUACACUGCCCCAAACUUUGCUGUUCAGGCCGUGACACAAUUGAUCGUCUCCACUCCACCCACUCUCCUUCCACGAUUCCGCAAUAUGAAGCAACCACUCGUUGCCAUCGCCAGCUGUAUAGCCGUGAUCGGUAUUGUGAUCCUAUACGUCACACCUGCCGAGCCUCAAUAUCAAGGUCGUCGACUGGCCUCGGUGAUCAUCAUCUCCUGUUCCGGGGCCAACUACACCGUCAUCAUGGCCGUCAUUGGAACCAACACUGCUGGUUUUACUAGAAAACAGAUCUCCACCUCGACAGCGUUCUUCUUAUAUUGCGUAGUCAACAUCAUCACGCCACAGACAUUCCUAGGGACAGAGAGCCCCCGAUAUCAUACGGGUCUCGCUUUCGUUUUGGCGUUUGUAUCCAUCUAUAUCUCGCUCUCUUUCUCAACUUGGCUCAUGAUGCGCUUGGUAAACAGUCGCCGGGACCGAAAGGCUCUCACCAACCCGGCUUAUGCAACUGGUGAUGCCAACUUGGACGAAAUGUCUGCCCUCAGACUUGCAAAACAAGCAUUUCAGGUAUUCGGGGUAGAAAAUGUCAACGACACAGUCCGCACAGGCAGCAGAAGAGGCCCGCAGCAGCGAGCCAAACCGUUCUUGCUCCUCAUUGGAAGACUUCAGAGAGCGUACUGUCAAGGACUAGUGUAG